UAUAUAUAUAUAUAUAUAUAUAUAUAUAUAUAUAUAUAUGUACAACGCAUACAUACAUGAAAGUACAAGAGCUGUUACUCUUAUUCACAAACAGGGAGCGUACAAGUGAUAUAUUUUUGAUUAAAUUCAAUUGUACAAUAUCAUUCGCUUGUAUGAUUACGUUUACGAUACCGUUAAAUACUGAGCUAUAUCUUGAAUUUGUUAAGAGCCCACUAUUAUACGUACCAGUGAUUUUAUUAAAAUUAAUUAUAAAUUUAUCUAUACCUGUAUAUGUGUAAUGUUCGUUGCUAUGAAGUGUAGGUUUACUUAGCGAUCCAUGAUAGAAACGAUGAAAUUUUAAAAGAAAAUGUGAGGGGAAAGGAUAAGUAGAACGAAUUCUGUGUCGUUACUUUUAUUGGCGCGUUUGUCAUUGCAUUAAUUUCGAAUGAUUAUUGUUAUCGGCUAGAUUCGCUCCGAAAUAAAGCGACUAUUUGGUAACGAUAUAUCGUGUUGCAAUACAGCAAUAACGAACCGCUAACAUUUUUCUCAGUGCCGAAAAAACAUCGUUACUUCGCAGCAGCUUUGCUGUAGUACGAAAGAAGCAAAUAUAAUAAGAGGAUUUAAUUUUGAAAGAGAGGAAAAAGAGAACGCGUGUGUGCAUGUGUGUGUAUGAGCGCGCGCGCGCGCACGUGCGUCUGUGUGUGUGUAACAUGGAGAGUAUAAUUUAAAAAAGAAAUUUUUUAAAUGAAAUAAAAAUAAUGGAAAGAGAAAUAACAGAAAUGGUAAAAACCGUUCGCCGGGCGACGGGCGCAAAGUCGAAACUGAAAUUUUUUAUAUGUAAUCACUUUAAAUGAAUGUGAAUGGCGAAGAGGCGAAAUAAAGGAAAAAGCUCGAGACUCCAGUCGUGUUGCCCUGUUACAUCCUGAACGAUUGCUAAAUUAUUGUAUCAUUAUUAUACAUACAUUGUACAAAAAAGUGAAACAAUUCGUCACAAAUGGAAUGAAAUUACAUACUAUACUAGGGUUCAUAAUAUCUCGUCGGUAAAAUGUGUGAACGUGUCCGCGUGAGAUAAAAAAAAAAAUGAAAAAAAGAUACUAAAAACAGAAUGAGAGAUGCGAGUAUGCAUGUGUAAAAAAAAAAACAAACGUAAUUAACGAUAUUGCCUUGAUUUGUAAAUAAAAUUUAAUUACUUCCACUAAUGAAAUCUUCUCUGCGGAUACCGAGCGGGCCGCGAUCAGUCUACGCGGGCUCACCAUCUUCGAUUUCGUAUGUUUUUUACUAAAAAGCCGCAAUUGAUUUUUUAACAGCGAGUAUAUUUUGUACAGUAACGGAACAUCAAAUAUAUAUAUAAAUACACACACACACAUAUAUAUAUAUACAUUAUAUAUAUGUAUUUUUUAAAAAACGUGGAGGUGAGCCCUGUGCAUCGUACCAGAAGAAUCAGCUAGAUUAUGUAAAUCUCCCAUCCCUCCGACAUGUCCAGUUUGCUCUGUGAUUCUGUGUUUAAUAAAAAAAAAGCAAAGAAAAAUAUAUAUAUAUAUUAUGUAUAUGUAUAUAUGUAUAUGUACAUAUACGCGUUUGAUAAACGAGUUCAAGUAGUUUUUGCAUGAUCCCCGUAUGAAAGUGUCCCCCAUUUACUGAUUGUUGUACAUUAUAUACGUACUUUAGAACAAUUUUUACAUUCACAUAUUCAUUUGUAAUAGUAAACGUUAUUAGAUUCUUGGAAGGAAAAUUGUAUUAUGGUUUUCAGUCUUAUAAAGAGGUAUGGUAAAUUUUCAUCGUUGGUUUUAAUUAUGUCGUUAAUAUGAUGGCAGAAUUAGGUCCACAAAAAGAUUAUACUAUUUAGCAAAUUUAUCAUAACACAAGGUAGAGCGACAUUUAAUAAUUUUUAGUGUAUAUUAUGAUAUUUCGUAGUUUAAUAUUAUAAAAAGAAUUUCAUUACAUGAAAUUAGAUUGUACGAAAGGGUGUUAGAACAGGACUGUGUUUGAAAUACUAUUCUUUACGUUUGCGUAUGUACCAUAUGCACCUCUAUAUUGGUUUAAAUGACACCACAGUAUUUAGGUCAACCUGCUCGAUCGCACACGAUUAAUUUCGAUAUUGAAUUUUCGCGAAUGGCAAUUACCUUACUAUAAAGGUAAAUGUCAUGACUGACGUACAUAUGUUAUUAGUUUCCGGUAAACCGCCUGUCAGUGAUUAGAGCAUAUACCAUACAUGGUACUAUACAUGAUAAUAUGUAGGUAGUGUUAAAACGAUUGACAUUCUGUCAGGAAAGGACCCUAAAUUAUAGGUUCAAUUCGAAUGUGUGGCAAGUGGGUGACCUAGCGAUAGCUUUUGUCAUCCGUCCCAAAGCGGCGUAGUGGUCGCUAGACGCGCAUGUUUGUUGAGAGAUUUUGUGGUAGCGCUAUGCGAUUAAUACACAUCAAAACACCAUCAAAUGAUGACAUCUCCCACCACCAAAAAUUGAACGAGUUGCCGGAUCUGUGUAUACUAGCGCUAGUACCUCAUCUAUGACUAUACGAACGAUAAUGUGAUAAAGGUGCCCUAAAGGUAAAGAAACUUGCGACAUAAAAAUGCAGUGAGUGUUAGGUCUAUCAUGUAUCUCGUUUGUACUACAAUUUCAAUAUAAAAAAUAAUAUUUAACAUUCUCAACUUCUAAUGAUUUAAACAUAUGCAACAAAAUUAUAUUUGGCAAAAGUAGAGAAAUAUAGUACAUAUUAAAUGAAAAUAUACAUAUAUGUAUGCAAAUAAAAUGUAUCUUUAUGUUUAUACUUAAUUUAUUGUUAAUGCAAGAUGAUAUUCGCUAUUCAUUAACAAACAAAAACUUAAUUUCUAACGCGAAAAUUAUACAAAUCUGUGACUUAAUCUUGUACCUAAAAUGAGUUUUAUAUCCUUAACCUUAAAUUUAAACUUGAGGCUAUUAGAAGAAAAAUAGGACAUUAAACAUAAAUAAAUGAAUUAUGAUUCAGAAUAAAAUUUAACCAAAGAAGAACAUUUUUAAUGAUUUUAUAUAAAUAUUUAAUUUCAUUUAUUUGCUUUUAUAAAUAUGAUACAAUCCAAACUAAAUGACAAUCAAAUUAUUGUGUUUAUUAAUAAUUUCUUUCUGUGAAGAUAACAUGAAUAAUUUAACAGACGCACAUUGGUUUCCCUUAACAUCACAGGGAAAUAUUUAUUCAAUGACCAAAUUGUGUUCUGUCAAUGGUUCCAAUAAGGUAUUAGUGGCUUCUUUGAAAAGAAAAAUAUAUUCUUGUGAAUACCAUUUGAUGCCAAAUCUACAUUUAAGACCACUGGUUAAAGAACUACUUUUUACAUACAUUCCCAGUGGUGCAGAAAUCAUAUCUAUUGAUGCUUAUAAUAAGUCUGACAGCGGUGAUGGAUUUGUGAUAGGAAUAACUAUUUUGAAAGCAAGUACAGAUACAUCUGUAGAAAGAUAUCUAAAUAUAUAUACAGAAGGUGCCAUAGAUGGCGAAGGAGAUGAAGGAAGUUCCAUUGAAGCUAUAGCACAAAAUUGUCUUAUGGUGGAAUUAGCAUAUACACCGUACCAUUUAUAUCAUACUAUAUUACCCCAACAAAAUGUUCCUAAUGAGGUUGUUUGGUUACUCUCUGGCAGUGAUUAUAAAAUACAUAUGAUCAGAGAAGAUAAAUUAAAUCACAGUUACAGCGAAUCACCUAUUGAAAAGUACUUUCCUGAAUUGCAUGAUAUCCAAGGAAUUGCAAUAUGGAUUAAUAUUUACUAUUAUGAUAAUUACAAUUGGAGACUGACAGUAAUCGGUUGUGAGUGUGGAUUGGUCAAUGUAGCUAUAACUAAUGUUUUAGAAUUAAAAGUUUGCCGAAGUUGGAAAUUAAGAUAUGACAGACCUGUUUCCAGUGUAUCCAUUUUUUCACUUCAAAAUAGUAUUGAGAAACCUUCUUUUCUUAGCUCUAAUAACUCUAAAUCUUUCCGAAAUGAUCAAGAAACAAAACUAAAUGUUCUUGUUGUGAAUACAAGUAAUGCAGUUGUCUUUAUGGAUGUUCUAAAUAAUGGGAUGGAUGAAGAUAUAACAUUAAAUGGUAGUGAAACAUCUGAUUGCAUUUUAUGUUCUUGUAUUGCUGACAUAAAUAUGGAUGGGCAAAAUGAGAUACUUUUAGGAACCUAUGGUCAAGAAGUUCUUAUUUUUUGUUUCAUAAAUAACUCAUGGGAAUUGAUCAUAAGAAAAUUAUUUGAUGCACCUGUACAUUCUAUAUGUUAUAUGGAUAUCACCAAUGAUGGAAUGAAAGAACUUAUUGUCCUUACACAACGCGGAGUGCAUAUAUUACAGCAUAAUGUUAUGGAUGUCAAAGAUAAGUGGAAAAAGCGAUAUAAAAAAUUUCUUGAAGAAAAUAGAAUAUAGCUUAAUUUUCAAAUUGCCAUAUAGAAAGACUUGAAUUGAGGUUUAGUCUUCAGGGAUUGAGAAGAGAGUACAAGAAAUUACAAAAUAUAAAUACACACGUUUCAUAUUAUUGAUAUUAUGUAUAUACAUAUGUGUAUAUACACACAAAUGGAUACAUAUAAUAUCAAAAAGAAUAAAAGGAAAUUUAUUUUUAUUAUUA